CCGCGGAGAUGGCGUGGCACGUGCGGUGACGGCGCCCGAGCCCCGAGGGUCCCAGCGCUGCGCCUCGCGUCCCGGAGAAAGCAUGGAGCGCCCAGAGCCCGAGCUGAUCCGGCAAAGCUGGAGGGCGGUGAGCCGCAGCCCGCUGGAGCAUGGCACAGUCCUGUUCGCCAGGCUGUUUGCCCUGGAGCCCGAGCUCCUGCCCCUCUUCCAGUACAACGGCCGCCAGUUCUCUAGCCCGGAGGACUGCCUGUCCUCCCCGGAGUUCCUGGACCACAUCAGGAAGGUGAUGUUCGUGAUUGACACUGCAGUGACCAAUGUGGAGGACCUGUCGUCCCUGGAGGACUACCUUGCUGGCCUGGGCAGGAAGCACCAGGCAGUGGGCGUGAAGCUCAGCUCCUUCUCGACGGUGGGUGAGUCCCUGCUCUACAUGCUGGAGAAGUGCCUGGGCCCGGCCUUCACACCGGCCAUGCGGGCCGCCUGGAGCCAGCUCUACGGGCUUGUGGUGGCGGCCAUGAGCCGGGGCUGGGACGACGAGUAAAAGGAGCCCCCUGCCCAGAGGCAGCCUCAGCUCUCUGCCUGUUGGUCUGUGUCCACUGUAGCCCUGGCUCCUCCAGGCCUCCCUGCAUCUCGGUCCUUGUCCCCUUGGCCAUACUGGAGAGGUGAUGGGGCAGGAGCGGGUCCCCCCUUCCCAAAUGCACAGCAGGAAGGGGCUUCUGGGUUCCCCUCCUCCCCGCAGCCUCCUCCCCGCCUGCCUUUUGACCUCCCUGGCACCCCCCUCUUGCCCCAUGAGAAGGAGAGAGUUUGGGGGGCAGAGGUGGCGUGGGGCUGGGAAGGAGCUCCGAGAGCCGGGGGCUCCUCUCUGUGUCGCCCUUCCUAGGACAAGUGGCUGGGCUCCAGCACCGCCCCCUGCUGCCCAGGCCUGUGCUGCUCUCCUGCCUGCCUCGGGUGUUUGUUUCAGACUUAGGGACAGACGUGUCCCAGCAGUGGAGCAAGUAGUGGGUGCCUUGGGAAGGGGGUGGCUGCUCCACCCUGGGGCUCCUCUGGCUCUCAACUGCUCAGAUACCC